CAUGUUCAUACAUCGCAGCAGAGCAGAAGCAACAUCUUGCAAUCACAACACCGCACACGAGAGAAUACUAUCUCUCACUAGUGCAACCGCUAGCUCUAGCCAUGGCUUCCAGGGCGAGCAUGUUGGCCAUGAUCAUGGCGUGCGCGCUCCUCCUCGCCGGAAGCACGUGCGACGCUGCCCGCAACCUGGCCGACACGACCCCCGCGGCUGCCGCUCCGGCUGCUAGCGUCGUACCUGGCCUGCCGGCCGAGCCCACGGACACGGUCACCCUGAUGCCACCAAUGCCGUCGGUCACCCUGCCCACCGUGCCACAGGUGACGCUGCCGCCCAUGCCGGCCAUCGUCGUGCCCAAGGCGGUCCUGCCACCCAUGCCCAAGGUGACCCUACCCACCGUGCCGCAGGUCACCAUGGCGCCGAUGCCCGCCAUUGUCGUGCCCAAGGUGACGCUGCCGCCGCUGCCGUUCGUCCCGAAUGUGAACGUACCUAUGCCGUUCGCGGCACCGCCCCCGUCAAAGUAGGCGUGCCCACGCCGCAGUGCUCCCGCCCUGUCCACGAUAGGGCGCCGUUCAUCUGAGUGUGGCGCCAGGUCACUCCGUGGACACGACGUACAUUUUCUUACAUGCAAGCUCGGUGUUUUAUAUGCGAUGUAUCACAGUAUCAGUAAUUCUUGCCUUCUUUUACGUCUCAGUAGUCAGUGGUAUAUGUAUUGCUAGUGUUUGGAUGUUGAGGUUUUGUCCCAUUGUAUGCAUUCUUGAUAAUCUUAAAUACAGAUUACUAUUUACGGUA